AUCCUUCUCCUUCUAUUAAAAAGAAAUUUCUUCAGAAAAUCAAAGCAUUCUAUUCUUCAUCUGCCUCUCUCCCCAAUUCUUCCAAAUCUUUUAAAUUUGAAGAGGAAUCCAUACAAUUGCUUUUGUAUAUAUUAAAAUUGAUCGGAUUUAUAUUGCGAUGGCGGUCGAAUUUCGUACUUUUGCCGGAUUUCUCCUCCUCUGCUGGAUCGGAGCCGCGAGCGCUCUAAUCGGCUCCGAAACCCUAGCACCUCCGGUACCAAAAGCAAUCUCGGAUUUGAGGGAUUCAAUCGUGAAGGGGCUAGGGUUCCAGGGUGCGGAGGAUUUCAAAGUAUCCGGUUUCGAUGUAAGGGACGCUCUCGUGGGGCACUCGGUAGCGUACGAAUUUGAUAUAGAAGUAGACAAGAAGGUGGUGCCGUUCAAACUUUUGGAGGAUGUGAACCGCUGGGACUUUGUUGAUCUUCCUAUAUUCCGGCCGCCACCACCUGCGGACAGUGGCGAUGAAGAGAAGGCAUUGGCGGAGAUGAAGAGCCGUCGGGAGGGGGUGGUUGCACCGGUGCUGCCGCCCUUCCAGAUUGCGGGGCCGAUGGAGCUGUGGAUUCAGGAUGCGGAUGAUAUGAGGCUCGCCUUGCCGCAUGAUGUUGAUGCUGGAACCCUCAGGAAGGUUCUUCUCUCCGAUGGAGCAGCAGUAACAAUAAAAGGCGCUCGCUCUGUAAGCUUGAGGCACCCUCUUGAGCUUCCCCUCCCCCUUAACCGGACAAACCUCCAUGAUGGCAGCCAUGUUGCGUCUGGCCUCCUGAACAUAGCCGAGGCCCUCCGAAGCUCUGCCCGCUCCUCCGACCAACCACUCGUCUCUCUUCGCAUCAUUGGCCCCUCAUCCCUCACAUCCUCUACUUCCACUUCUCCCAAAAACAAGCUCAAGCUAAAGCGCCUUUCUCCCGGCCUAGUUGAGCUGUCCUCCUCCCGCGCAGUUCCUGCAUCCCCUGAAGAUUUGAACUUGUCUAAAGGCAGAAAACUCUGGCCUUUCACCUCAUUGAAUGGCUCGGCCUCCAACCUUAGAGGGUUCGAAGAACUACUUUCUUCAGUCCUUGGCAAAAAGGGAUUUGAGAAUGGCAAGUUCAGGCUGCUGAAGGCAGAUGUAUCAGCGCAGACUUACAUGAAGAUGAGCUUCGCUGUGGAGAAGAAGCUUGCCGAUGGAGAUGCGGAUUGGUCGCGGUUCCCAUCUUGGAAGACGAAGCCUGAGAAAGCAACAGCGCACUUUGAAGUGUUGGCUCGGGUGGAAGGAGGAAGGAAGGUGGUGCCGGAGAGAAUCAUGGAGGUUCAGCCUGCGCAUAUUGAAGAUAGUGUGAUUGAUAGUGUGCAGACCGGGAACAUCUCCAUGACCCAGCUGCCACUCUUGUUCCCACCACCGAGCUUCUUCACCCUUUAAUCCGGCAUAGAAUUUUGGUUGAAAAAUUGUUGCUCUCUGUUUAAAAAGAGAGACAGAGAGAGAACGAUACUGUGAAAUCUUCAAAGGCAAGCAAUAAAUUGCUAAAAAGUUUAUAUGCAUUGCUGUUAUGUGAAAGUUGGAGGAAACAAUUGUGUAUAAGUUGAAUGGUGUUGAGUAGUAA